GUGAAUACCUAAAAUUUUUAAAGAAUUUUAUUGAAAUCCAUUAAAAAUGUCUUUAGCUAUAUAUAUGUAGCUCUCAUUGUUUUCUAAUAAUUCCAGUCUUUAGCCAAUUCAAUGGAUUCAAAUGCCUCAACUCUAGUUUUUCAUCCUCAAUCAAGCAUCAAAAAAGAGGAUAUCGAGAAGGGUCCGCCGGCAUUUGUUUUCGACACAUCCGUACUUCAAAAACAAGAAAAUUUGCCCACACAAUUCCUAUGGCCUCAUGAAGAUUUAACUUGUAUCACCCAAGAUGAACUCACAGAUCCUCCAGUAGAUUUAAAGGGCUUCUUUAAUGGCGAUGAAGAAGCCAUUUCUUUUGCAGCUUUGCAGAUUCAGGCCGCCUGUUCGAACCAUGGUUUCUUCCAGGUCAUCAACCAUGGCGUAGAUUCAACUCUAAUUCGUGCUGCGCAUAAGCAUAUGAAUGCCUUUUUUGAUCUUCCGAUGAGCAGAAAAUUUGCAAUAAAAAGGAAUCCAGGUAGUGUAUUUGGUUAUUCCAGUGCCCAUGCUCAUAGAUAUUCUUCAAAACUGCCGUGGAAGGAGACAUUUUCAUUUGGAUACAGCCAUGAUAAUUCCCUGGAACCUGAUGUGAUGAACUAUUUCAAGUCCGUUCUGGGGAAUGAUUUUGAAGAUGCCGGGUUGGUUUAUCAGAAAUAUUGUGAAGCAAUGAGAGAUUUAUCUCUGGUAAUAAUGGAACUAUUGGCAAUUAGCUUGGGAGUUGAUAGGUCACACUAUAGGAAAUUGUUUGAAGAUGGUAACUCAAUAAUGAGGUUCAAUAGCUACCCACCCUGCAAAGAAGCUGGGCUCACCCUUGGAACUGGUCCCCAUUGUGAUCCGAAUUCCUUAACAAUACUUCAUCAAGAUCAAGUUGAAGGACUUGAAAUCUUUGCAAAUAACAAGUGGCAAGUAAUUCGACCUUGCCCCGAUGCCUUUGCUGUUAACAUUAGCGAUACAUUCAUGGCGCUUUGUAACGGAAGAUACAAGAGUUGCCUGCACAGGGCGGUGGUGAACAAGGAAAAGGUGAGAAAAUCAUUGGUGUAUUUUGUGAGCCCAAAGGAGGACAAAAUUUUGAGGCCACCUCAAGAGCUAUUGGAAAAUGAGGAGGCUAGGAAGUACCCAGAUUUCAAAUGGUCAGAGUUGUUGGAAUUCACACAAAAGUAUUAUAGGGCUGAUGCCUCUACACUACGAAACUUUGCCCACUGGCUUCAAUCUUCCAAAAAUACUUCCAAUUAAUACUAUAUUUGGAUUGGAUGCUUCUCAAUUAUCAGUUUUCUCUAGAGAUGAAUAUGAUAUCCCUUGUGAAUGUCUUAUGUAUGUGUGCUAUAAGUUAAAUGCCGACACUUAUAUGUGUGCAUAUUUGCUGCUUUUCUUAGAUGAAGAUGCAGUAGUGUACUCUUUUCUCCUAUUUACAUAAAUGGAAUUUUAGCUAAUUAUUGAUA